GGGCAUGCGGCGUUCGCUGCUGCGCCGCGGCCGUGAGGCGGUGUGUGUGUGUGUCUGGUCCCUGCUCACCGCCCGUGUGUUGUAUGUGUGAUGGUGGGUCUGAACUGAGCGCGUUUGAGGGGAGCAGGAAGAACCAGUGCGGAGCUCAGCAUGAGAUGGGGAACUGCUGGGCGCAGUGGUGCUGCGGGCUGUUCUUCCGGAGGGACCCCAGCCGGCUCCAGCGCGGCCGAGGAUCCAAGUAUUUUAGAACCUGUUCAACAGGAGAACACUUCACUAUAGAGUUUGAGAACUUGGUGGAAAGUGAUGAGGGAGAAAGCCCAAGAAGCAGUCACAGACCUCUGACUGAGGAAGAAAUUGCUGACUUGAAAAACAGACAUUAUGACUUCAUUGCUGAGAAGCAGAGAGCUGUUGAUGUGAAGCUUCAGGCAGAGUUAGCCUUAGAAGAGGAGAAGUUAAGACUAGAAGAGGAGGCUUUAUAUGCUGCACAACGUGAAGCAGCCAGGGCAGCAAAGCAGAAAAAGCUUUUGGAGCAAUGUAGACAGCAAAGGAUAACCCAGAGAGCGCAUGCUAUUAAUAGUAGAGAAUAUCAGAGCUCGGUGGCAGAGGAAGACCUCGAUUCUUUCUUAAGAAAUACAAAAUUCCAAUAUGAAGCUUUUCGCAGUAGUAGACUUUCAUCUGAUGCUACAGUGCUUACACCCAAUACAGAGAGCAGUUGUGACUUAAUGACCAAAACCAAAUCAGUGAGUGGAAAUGAUGACAGCACUUCAUUAGAUUUAGAGUGGGAAGAUGAAGAAGGCAUGAACAGGAUGAUUCCAAUGAGAGAACGCUCCAAAACAGAAGAAGAUAUACUCCAGGCAGCACUGAAAUUCAAUAACAAGAAGAAAGGAAGUAAUCCAGCUUCAGCCUCUGAUGAUUCCAAUGGAUUAGAGUGGGAGAAUGACUUUGUUAGUGCUGAAAUGGAUGAUAAUGGCAAUUCCGAAUACGCUGGAUUUGUAAAUCCUGUGUUAGAGUUGUCUGUAUCAGAUGUAAGGACAUCUGUUUCUGAUCGUCAAGACAGGUAGUGAAACUGCAUGUCCCUUGUCCGUGACCAAACGCUGGGAAGUGGAAUAGAAUGUACAAACCCCAUUCACUGUUUUGAAUGUGGUUCCCUUUCUCUUCCUGAUUGAGUGGCAAGGAGUGGGAAUGACUUGCUAUCUGAAUUAAUUCAGAAUUAAGUGCAAUUUCAUCAUCUACCUUCUAAACUUUUAUGAAAACUGGGAUGAUUUUCUUGUGUAUAUUUCUGGAUACCUGGAUUUAAUAUAAUAUUGUCUGCACUAAUUUAAGCUUCAUAGCUCAGCAUAUCUAUAUUUUAACUAGCCUUUCCCCCCCACCCCAGAUGUUGUUUCUGCCAAGUUGUUUUUUUAAAGUCAUCAGUGGCCUAACAUCUAAGAAAUGGUCUUAUAUUAAUUUAAUGAAUACUUGAAUAUAGAAAAGGGAUUUUAAAAUUUUAUUUCCAACAUGUGCUUUUUGACUUGUUCUUUAACUAUUGAGAGAGUGUGCUUAGCCAGCUGCAAAACAAGUGGCCCCUGGGAUAAAUGUCAGGUUUUCCCCAUUCAGCUUACAGUCAUUCUAGCCUUGUGUUGUCCUCCUUCCCAUUUAUUUAUUUUUUUUAUUACUUUAAGCACAGUUAACCUCAAUAAACAUCAUAUAAAUCAUUGGGUUAGGUUAGGUCUUGUAUAGUAUGCCAGACUUAGUAAGUGUGUGCUAGGUAGACAAAUUACUAUAGAAGAAUCUUUAUGUAUCAAACAGGAAACUUCAACCCAUAUCGAGUGGAGAAGUAGGAGGACCAAAUUCUUGAUUUCCCCCUCUUUCCCCCACCCUGCCCCGAUCAGAUCAACAUCUGUUCCUACAUUGUCCUUAACAUUCUUUAGUGGUGGAAAAUUUACAAGUUGACUCAACAGGAAGGAUUGGUGAAAACCAACAUUUUCUGAACAAACUGAGGGAGGAACUGGAUGGGUAAUAGUGCUAUUACAGACUGAAGUUCAAUGAAGUGUUUGGUUAUUGCAGAUCUGGUGUAAUGUAUCCCCUGAUACUUUUGCAGGUUAUACUUUUAAGAAAAGCUCACUGAAGAAGGUACAAAAUGGUUGUAGAAGUCAGGCUUUCCCCAGAGUUUCAGUAAAGCCAUUCUACUGUUGUUUUGUGUGGCUGUCUUGUUUUCCCCUGCAAAAGAAAGGGGAUGGGUUUAACUUCACCUCUGUUGAGUAAAAACAGCACACUAACUAAUGUAUCUGCAUCACCAGAGAACUGAAUUUGUCAGUGACUGUGUCACUGUUUUAACCUGCAUGUGAUGUUAGGGUCGUUACAGGGUGGUCCUCUUCAUAAUAACUUGAACAAAACUACUGUACACUGGUAUGAAAUAUGUACAAAUAUCACCACUAAUGAAGAGAUGUUGAUAAUAUUCCCAUUUUUUUAAUUUAAAUUGUAGCUAUGUCACUGAAAACUAUUUUAAUGUCAUUAUCUACAUUUGCAAUGCCUGUAAUAAGCUUUAAAAAUUUGUAUGCAUCAACUGUCUAUUUUUUGUUUGGUGUAAGCUAAGUUUAACUUCUCCUGAAUGUUGAUUUGUAUAAGAGAUUCCUAUGGAACUGAAGGCAACUUUGUCAACAUGUAAAUAACCUGUUUUUUUUACCUACUCAAACUGUAACUUACCCUGCAGUGACAACUACUUCUGACCAGAGAACAUGAGCUUAUCUUGUGCUGAUGAUGCUUUGAGGAAAGAAACUGGCCAAUACUCCUUUGCUAGAAUGAACAAGUGCUUAGGAAAAAAUGAAGCUGAUUGCAGCUGAAGGCUUUCACUGUGAUGCAUACGUUCUGCCAUGGCAAACAGCAUUCUGCUUUUCAGGGUUCAGGGCACCAGCCACACUGAAUGAGUGUGGUUGAUCAAUCACUGAUUGAGGUUCUAGUCAGUAUUUGUGGAAACUGAAGAACUUGCAAGAUGAUACAAACGGCUCAUGUGAAACAGUUGAAUGGUCCUGCAAAAGGCAUAUCUGUACAAAUGCAAGUCAUUAAAAUUUCCAGUCAGUCUUA